GCCCGGAUGUGGUUAAUGAUUCUGAGAUUCUGAGAAGACAGUUUGCUCACCACCUGCUGACCCGCUGUAAUUCAUUGACUUUAGGAAGCAUCAGAGAGAUGCCUGGACUCAGCCACUCCCUCGCUGGGCCCGACUUCUGAGGCCACUUCAGCUCUGGCAGUGUAGUGAGUUGUACAAUACAGCCCCUCUCUGCCUCCCAGCGACCCCCGGGUCUGGAGAGCUGAGAGCUGCUGCUGCACCUGACGCCUAGCCUGGCCUCUUCUUCUCUGCCAAGGCAUGCAACUGUCUGUGCAGAGGUGCAGCCUGCAGCUUGCUGGCAAGCUGCCAGCAUGGCCUUUGCCACUGUAAAGCCUGGACAUCUGGACUGGACAGGAAUGUCAAGUGAUGUGUGUGCCAGGACAGGAGGCUCACACUUGUGGCACUCCACGGCAGGCCUCCUUCCUGCCCAGUCUUGGCCCCAGCAGCUGUCUGGCCCAGAGGAUGCACCUGGACAGGCUGACAGCCCCACAGAGGAGGAGGAGGAGGAGGAAGUGCUGUGGGAGAAGAUUGAGAGUGUGCGUCACCAGCUGACCCGCUCCUUGAACCCAGCGAAGCUGACGCCCUACCUGCGCCAGUGCCGUGUGAUAGACGAACAGGACGAGGAGGAGGUGCUGAGCUCAUGCAGGUUCCCGUGCAAGAGCAACCGCACAGGACACCUGAUGGACAUCCUUCGGUGCAGAGGGAAGCGAGGCUACGAAGCCUUUCUAGAAUCCCUAGAGUUUUAUUACCCCGAGCACUUCACUCGGCUGACUGGGAAGGUGCCAGUGCAGCGCUGCUCUAUGAUCCUGGAUGAGGAGGGGCCCGAAGGUCUGACCCAGUUCCUGAUGCUGGAGGUGAAGAAGGGGAGGGCGCAAAGGAAAGAGCACCUGGCCAGGGAGCACCAGUUAAAGGUGAAGAACCAAGCCCUGGAAGAGGAGCAGAGCCGGCUGGAGCAGCAGGUGCAGGAGCUGCUGAAGGUGCAGGAGCGAUGCCAGAGGCUGCGGGAGGAGUGGGACUCCCACAGUCUGGAGCUGCUGCGGCUGAAGGACGAGAACUACAUGCUGGCCAUGCGCUAUGCACAGCAGUGCGAGGAGAAGAACCUGGCCGUGCUGCGCAGCCGGGACCUGCAGCUGGCGGUGGAUCAGCUGAAAUGUAAGGUUGGCAGCCUGGAGGAGGAGUGCAAGCUGUUGAGGAAACAGGCAGCCACCGGGCCCCGGCGAGAGGCAGAGGAACGGGCUCAGCCUGACACAGUAUCUGAGCUGCAGGCUGAGAACCACAGGUUGACGGCCUCCCUCCAGGAGCUGCAGAGCAUGCUGCAGGCAGCGAGUGAGGCGCAGGCGCCCGGCUCCCAGCGGAUCCUCCUGGACAUUCUGGAGCACGACUGGAAGGAAGCCCAGGAUGAACGGCAGGAUCUGUGCCAGAAGCUGCACUCUGUUCAGAAUGAGCUACAGUGGGCUGAGGAGCUAAGGGACAAGUACCUGCAGGAGGUGGAGGACCUGCAGCUGAAGCACCGGACUCUGCAGAAAGAUUGUGAUCUGUACAAACACCGGAUGAACACGGUGCUGUGUCAGCUGGAGGAGAUUGAGAAGGAGAGGGAUCAGGCCAUCCAGAGCCGAGACCGGGUGCAGCUGCAGUACUCCCAGAGCCUGGUCGAGAAGGACCAGUACCGCAAACGGGUGCGGGCCCUGGAGGAGGAGAGGGAUGAGCUUCGGAGCAAACUCAGCCGGGCGGAGGGCAUGGCGGGGGCUCUGGGGGCACAGCAGCCAUGCUGCCGGGAUGCCGGCAUGAAGGUGUGCCCCUCCUCCUACUCCCUCUGCUCCAACUUGAGCAGCACCUGGAGCCUGAGCGAUAACCCCUCUCCCUUGGGGAACGGUGUCAUGGACAUGCUGGGAGUCCCUGCCAUCACCUUGCCAGAGGGCCCCUCGCACCUCAGCACGGAGGUGACUCCAGAGAGCGAGAAGGACAUUAACCGCCUCUCCACCUUCCCCUUCCCCCCCUGCGCUGGCUCCAUUCUCCGACGGCAGCGGGAAGAUGAAUCUGGGCCUAUCAAAAGCCUGUCCUGCGGGUCCUUUGGAAGCGUGGAGGACAUCACAGCUGGUCUCUCCUUUUCCAACAGCGCACAUAGCAGGGUGAAGUCAGAGAACUGCCUGGACAGCCUCUCUGACCAAAAAGAGCUCAUCAGAUCCUUGGUAGUGCAUCUGUCUAGUGUGGUCCACCUGAGCAACUCAGUGCCCCAGCACAGGGGGCUUGGAAGAGACAUCUCCAUCCUGGGAGGGAACCAAACAGGGAUUUAUGUCCAGUGGGUGAAGCCAGGUUCAAAGGCUGAGAGUACAGGACUGAGAGAGGGGUGCCGGCUCCUGGAGCUGAGGGGCACUUUGCCGAAUAGGGAGGUGCUGUCUCUGAAAAACUGCACACGGGAGGUAGCUUACCUGAGCCUGCUGCACUGGGAUGACCCAGCUGGUCUCAUCUUCUUGCCCGACAUGCAAGGAUACCAGCCUCUCAAGGAGGCCUUGGAAGAAGGGAAGAAAGUGACUGGAGACUCCCUCUACGUGCGUGCCAAUCUGACCCUCCCGGAGCAGUCCGACCCCUAUGCCCUGUGCAUCAAGUGUCGGGAGAUCCUGCACGUCACUGACACCAUGCACAAGGGGCGGCUGGAGUGGUAUUGUGCUCGUGUCGAUCCCUUGACACUGCGGGACCUGGACAAGGGAACAGUGCCUAACUACAGCCGGGCUCAGCAGCUUUUGAAGGUACAGGAGAAAGGCCAAGUGCCAGGCUGGCAGAUGGGCCGCAGGAGUAAUCUGAAGAAACGGACCCAGAUGGUGAAAUAUAAACCACAUGGGGAUCCUCCGCAGCAGCUGCUGCUGGGCCUCUCCCCAGACCCAGAGAGGAGCCCAAAGCCCUACAGCCUCGUGCGCCCCCUGGCGGUGCAGGCCCCUCGCCCGGUGGUGCUCUCACCUGACUGCAUAGCAUCCAGGCUCAUCAGGAACAUGCUGGACCUGCCCACCUCACGCCUGGACUUUCACGUGUGCACAGCUGAUGAACAGAAGCAAUCAGAGAUGCUUGCUAAUGCUGACCCAGCUGCUCCUCCCCAGGGGAACGGUGUAGCUCCAGGCUCCCUCCAGGACCAGAGGGAGAGCAGAGAGAUCCACACCAUCCGGGAGUGUAUCGGCAAGAAUAAACACUGCCUGCUGGAGCUGGGCCUCCAGAGAGUGAGGGAUCUAAUUAAAAGUGAAAUAUACCCCAUCAUUAUCCACGUGGAGGUCACCGAGAAGAACGUCAGGGGACUCAGGAGCUUGCUGCGGAAGCCAGGCCAGCGGGACUCUGAUGUGGUAAAGCUUUGCCGGAGCGCUGAGCAGACUCUCCAUGCUUUGCCCUACUCAUGGGCCUGCGUGGAUGCCCAGUCCUGGUGCCACGUGGAGGAACUGGUGAAAGUGGUGCGGCUCCGCAUCUUCCAAGAGCAGAACCGGAUUGUGUGGCUUGAGGAUGGUGACCUGUGAUCCCUGACCCCUUUGAGCUGGGGCUGUGCCUUCAUGUUGGGAGGCGCCAUAUGCCAGAGUCGGGCACUGGCUUCCUUUCCUGAGGGCAAUGCCUGGAGAACACUUGGCUUCUCUCCUUCAUCUUCCAGAAACAGCAUCACUUCUCCCUGAUCGGCUGCACUGGGAUGUCUUUCCCAUCAACAGUUGUCUGGAGGGACAAGAUGGCACCUCAUGUGUCAGGGAGUUUAGUGGGCCUAUUUCAUGCUGCUUGGAGACUGGCCAGGCUGUGGGUACUACACCGACUUGGAUUUCCCCUCAUGUCCAGGUUUAGUGGAGGGAUUUCCUUCCUCUUCCCACUAAGAAUCCCCCUCACAGCUUGCAGACGCUGCUCUUCCAAGACCCAGACCCUCUCUAGGCCCAGUCUGAGAACUGGCCACGAGGGGAAAAGAGGGCAUUCUGUGAAAGGGGUGUGUGGGGUGUGUGUGUGUGUAUGUGAGAGAGAGAGAUUCUCCAUCUUUCCCAAUUUUUCCCUUCACCCACUCCACCCCACCCUAGUGUCCUUCUCCCCUUCCCCAUCAUGGCUCUCUCUGGCAUCCUGUCUACCUCAGCUGAUGUCCUGAUGAAAGCGGAGGUGCUACACAUGCCCGCCGCAGGCAGAGCGACACUACGCGGGGGUUGUCAGACAUCCUCAUUGGGUGGUAAUUGUAAUCUUUAUGGCCUAUAAAUUAUUAAUGGACCCUUUUAUUGGAAACCUGCACAUAAAAGAGAAUUAAAUACUACUGACAAUGGGAACGGAGGAAGGGCUCCUGCUUGCGUUACCAGCAGGACUGGGGAGCUGGUGGAUUUCUCUCCUCCCCUAACCUGAUCUCCCCCCUGCAUGGCUUUCCCAGCUCUCUCUCCAGCAGACUUGGGCAGCUGGUGCCUCCCUGGGAAAGUCAGGGGAACACUGAGGCAUUUUCCAGGCUUUUCCAGAGCCUUUGUCCCUGUAGCUACAGUUACCGCCAGGAGCCUCUGCCAUCUGAGUCCUUCUCCAGGGACCAGUAGGAGAGGGGGAGCCAGCAGGGCUUCUGGUAGGCUGGGGAUUGCCUGACCCUUAGACCAGAGGCUUUUCUCACUCCACUGCUCUGGCGCUGCCAGCCCCCGGCUGCCCCCUCCUCUCAGGAGAUGGAGGGAAAAGAAGAACAGAGCCAGAGGGAGAGUCUAAGGCAGGCUGGGGAAGAGAGACAUGAAGGGACAAAGGGAGUGGAGUGGAGGGGGUCAGGCUCCUGAGCAGUCUGAAAGCAAGGAGCUCUGUGCACUGCAAUAAUCCCCAGUCUGGAUAACUAGAAGAGUGCACCUCUGAGGGCCACGGCUGUGCCCCACCACCGAAAGCAUGUGCUGUUGCUGUUCCAAGGGUUCUACACAUACACGCAUCAGGGAAUGUCCUACAUGAGCUUGGGAGAUGCUAGACUCCCAGAGAUGGUCUUGCUUAGUGCAGAAAUGAAAUUAAUAGGUAGCAGGUUUAAAACUAACAAAAGAAAGUU